ACUGGGUUUCUUUUAUAACGAAGUGUGUGUAUUAGUUUGUGUUCAUAUUCUGUAUAUAAGCAUUUCAUAUUAUUACACGAAACAUCUAUUCGCUUGACUGGUCUUGCAUUUGAUUUCUAAUCAUUCAAAGGCUUAAAUCAAUAAUACGGCCGCAUGAGUAUCCAUCACUCGACCGCAUCAUAUCAAUGCGUUCAUCUACCGAUUGAAAUUCUAUUCAUCAGUUCAAACAAUCGAACAUUUUGUUUCAUCAAAUCAUCAAAAAUCUCCACCUCCUCCCUUUACAUGAAUAAUAUCACACCAUUACAUGUGGCUGCUAAAUGGGGUCGUGGUGGAAUGGUCCAACUACUUUUGAAUUCGAAUGCCUUAGUUGAUUGUCGUACACGUGAUGGUUUGACGCCAUUACAUUGUGCUGCUAGAUCUGGUCAUGCAGAAUUAGCUUCACUGUUGAUGGGUGCUGGUGCAAAUCCUUCAGCUAAAACAAGGAAUGGAUUAACUCCAUUGCAUAUGGCAGCACAAGGUAAUAAUGAAGAAGUUGCUCGUGUAUUGAUUCUGCGUGGUGCUAGUGUAGCUGAUAGAACAGGAGAUUCUUUGACCCCACUACAUGUGGCUGCUCAUUGUGGUAAUACAGAAGUGGCACGUGUACUCUUAGACAAUGGAUGUGAUGUGAAUGCACGUGCUUUGAAUGGUUUUACUCCAUUGCAUAUUGCUUGUAAGAAACAAAAAAUUCGAGUUAUUGAACUACUUCUUCAGUAUGGUGCACAAAUCAAUAUGACUACUGAAUCUGGCCUAUCUCCAUUACAUGUGGCAGCAUUUAUUGGUGGUCCAGAAAUUGUUCAGUUAUUAAUACAACAUGGUGCACAUGUGAAUCAAGCUACAAUGCGUUGUGAAACAGCAUUACAUUUAGCUGUACGUAAUCGACAAGUUAGUGUUGCUGAAACACUUAUCUAUCAUGGUGCAUCGGUAAAUGCUAAAGCUAGAGAUGAACAAACACCGUUGCAUGUGGCGUGUUUAACUGGGACACCAGAAUUAAUCAAUGUAUUGUUAUCAUGUAAAGCUAAUCCAAAUCUACCAGCUCGUGAUGGUUAUACAGCUUUGCAUAUUGCAUCUAAAGAAGGUCGUCAUGAUUUGUUAGGUCAAUUGUUAGAAGCUGGUGCUGAUUUAAACGCUCGUACGAAGAAAGGUUUCACCGCUCUUCAUUUAGCCGCUAAACGUGGUCAAGUCAAAGUAGCUAAACAAUUAAUUCAAGCACAACCGAAAAGUGUUAACGCUAUCGGUCAGAAUGAUUUAACUCCUUUGCAUAUUGCUACACAUUAUAAUCGUUUACCUGUCGUACAAUUAUUAUUGGAUAAUAAUGCACAAGUAGAUUGUCGUGCUGGCAAUGGUUAUACGUCGUUACACAUGGCAGCUAAACAAAAUCAUUUAGAUAUUGCUACACUUUUAUUGGCUCAUGAAUCUGACCAAAUUCAAAUCGCAAAUUCAUCAUCACGUAGUGGGUUUACACCAUUACAUUUAGCUGCACAAGAAGGUCAUACUGAUAUGGUUUCAUUACUACUACAACAUGGAGCUGAUCCAAAUCAUCAGUCGAAAAAUGGUCUUGCACCACUACAUUUAGCCGCUCAAGAAGAUCACGUGUCGGUGGCACAAAUUUUAAAAUCCGCUGGUGCUAAAGUUAGCCCUCUAACUAGAGCUGGUUACAGUCCGUUGCAUACGGCAUGUCAUUUUGGACAAAUUAACAUGGUACGCUACUUAUUAGAUUUACCCGAUGCACCAGAUAUUAAUCAACGAACACAAAUGGGUUUUACUCCGUUACAUUUAGCUGCACAACAAUGUCAUUCACAAGUGGUUCGUUUACUCUUAGAAAUGGGUGCUGACAGUAAUGUUAGAAACCAGCAAGGUCUGACACCAGCACAUAUAGCACGUAAACAGCAUUAUGUUACAAUAUUUGAUAUUUUAAAAACUGUCACUACAACUGUAGUCAGUUGGGAGGAGGAACAUGAAGAACUUGAUCAAACGCUAAUGUUAGAACAUCCAGAUUUUAUGCGUGAACAUCCAUUUACAGAAUUAGAUGAAGAUGGUGUUGCACCUUCACCAUCAAUUUCACACCGGUUAUCAUCAUCUAAUAAGAAACUAAAAUCAAAUGAAGAUGAUAAUUAUUAUUCAUCUGAUCUUACUGAACAAAAGAGUCAUACUGGUCUGUACAAUUCAGCUUUUGAUAAUACAUUAUUAGCUGAGACGGAGAAUGAUGAUAUUUGGGGGCAAUUAGAGUAUAUGCAUUCCACUUUGAGUCCUCAAGGUACACUUUCGGAUCGUAUAACUAGUCAAAAGGGUGAUGAGAAUACAAAUGAAUUUAUCGCUACUCAAACUAGUUCUGUCUUGGAAACUAUCUCCCCAAAAUCUAUGCAAAAUACUGAAGUUCAAAUGUUCGGAGAAAGUGGUCAACCUGAUGGUGAUUGGGAUUUGGAAGUAGACAAUAUGGCGGUUAUUAAGAAACCAAUUAAUACAGGAUUUUUAGUUUCAUUCAUUGCGGAUGCUCGCGGAGGUCUAAUUCAAGCAAGACGUUAUCCUGAUCUUAGGAUAUUUAUUCCUCCAAAUGUUAUCAAUGGUCCACUUCGUAUUGUUUGUCGUCUAGUUCAUCCUGAUCGAAUGAAUUCACCACCAAUUAUGAAUGAUGGUGAUGGUUUAGCCUGUCGGUUACUUGAAAUCGGACCCGCUGGUAUACGAUUCGCUUCACCUAUUCUCUUGGAAAUACCACAUUAUGCUUUCUUAAAUGGGAAAAAUCGUGAGAUUGUUAUCCUCCGUUCAGAUAAUGGUGAAACAUGGAAAGAGCAUCCAUUGGAUGCUACAGACCAAGCUGUUCAAGACACUUUGAAUGGACAUUUUGAUUACGUUGGAUCAUUUGAAGAAUUACGUGCUAAGUCAAUACAUCGUAUUUUAACAUAUGAUCUACCACAAUAUUUCGCACUUAUUACACGUAUUAAGCAAGAAUUAAUUUUAAUUGGUCCAGAAGGCGGUACAUUAACAUCUACAGUUGUACCAGACGUACAUGUUCGUUUUCCUCAAGGUGCUUUACAAAAACGUAUACGUGUUGGUUUACAAGUACAUCCAGUUGAUCAUGAACUUGUAACAAGAAUGCUUGGUCCACGUGUCUCUGUAUCACCGAUUGUAACAAUUGAACCACGCAGACGUAAAUUCCAUAAACCAAUUACCUUGACUAUACCAUUACCAAAAACAGCUAUGUCAUCCUCUAGCGGUGUUGCUGACACUAAAUCUCGUUCAACUAUCGAUUCACCUAGUCUUCGAUUACUGUGCUCGAUUACGGGUGGGACAUCACCUGCUGUUUGGGAAGAUAUUACUGGUAGUUCUCCGUUAUCUGCACACGAUCUUUCUGUUUCAUUUACAUCUACAGUAUCUGCAAGAUUAUGGCUCGUAGAUUGUCCUAAUAUUACUGAAGUUGUUGAAUUAGCCAGCCGUGUUUAUCAUGAAUCAUUGGCAGUGCCUUAUAUUGGGCAAUUUAUAGUGUAUGCUCGUAGAUUCCAUCCUGAAGAAGCUCAAUUACGUUGUCUUUGCCUUACCGAUGAUUCGGCAGAGAAAACACUUGAACUACAAGAAGGAUUUCAACUAAUAGCCACUGGACCAUGCAUUGAGGUUCUUGAUGAUCAUCCACAUUGGAUUGAAACAGCUGGUAACUUAGUACCUGUUGCUAAAACUGAAGAACAAUUACAAUUGGGAAUGCAUGCGUUCCGUGAGAAUCGUUUGAAUAUGAUUGUACGUGUGAAAGAUUUAUCACAGCCGGCUGUUGGAAAAUUAGCGUUUAUGCGUCAUCCUCGAGCUGUACUACAAUCUGCUGGGUCACCUGUAAAACCGGCAACAGUUCUAGAGGCUAAAUUACCAGACGAAUUUACUGAUUACAUGACUGAUGGUGUAUUAAAAACAACUGAUAUUGAUGAUAUGCCACCUUAUAUUCCAGAAUAUAAUCAAAAUGGUGGUCAAUACACCACAUACAAUGAAUCGUUGCCGCAAACAUGGUCAAAACAAGAUCAUUACGAUGAGCCAUUAGCUAAAUCUGAGCUUGAUUUACGACAAGUUGCUUAUCAUUUAAAAUCAGAUUGGAGAAUAUUAGCUCAAUGUUUAGGCUUGUCUGAUGAAGAUCAAUAUAAUAUUACUUCUUUGCCUAAUCGUCCUGAAGAAGAAUAUGCUUAUACUAGUUUAUUGUUGUGGCAAGAACGUAAUGGGAAUGAAUUAACUUCGGGUACGCAGCUUGCCGAAGCACUACAAGCUAUCGGUCGUAAAGAUAUAUUGGAAUAUUGUAUGACUAACAUUUCGCCUGUAAUAACAGCUGAUGAACGGGUUGCUGCUUUACGUUCAUUGAAUGCCGUUUCGCCCAAUUUAAAUAUUAAUCGUGAAAAUCGAUCUCAUUCAAAAGAGGGCAGUGGUGGUUUGAGUGAAUCAGUUGAUACAGGUUAUGGCACACAAACCGGAUCUACCACGCUAAUACCAACAACACCAGUGAUUACAAAGACAAUUUCAUCAACAAUUCAUACACUACCCACUUCAAGCAAUGUAGAUAAUUCUAAACAAUCUGAGAAAGAAGUGGAGCAAGAAAUUAUACAACCAGUUACUGUGACCAGUGGUCGAAUUUAUUCAGGAUCAUUACCAUAUGUGGGAAAAUCUAUUACUGAUGUUCCUGAAGACAAAUAUGAUGUAUUAAAAGGAGUUGAAAAUAUUCUGGUUGAUAGUCAACAUUCGACUAUAGAAGAAGAUGAUAAAAUAAAUUCCACUUCUACUGGACCUCCGGUCAAUGAAGAAAUAGUUGUCCCUACUCAAAUUAAUCGCAAUGUUCAACUAAAUCGUACAGACGAUACGAUUAAUAAUAGUAAUAAUAUUCAUAAACAAACUGAAAAAGAUAGUGAUUUAUCAAACAUUUAUCCAGAUGUUGAGUGUAAGAAAAUAACUUGGAUCUCAUCUACAUGUUGUCAAUUGAUUUGUGAAUAUUUUCCUGUAUGGGUGUGUUUGCCCACAUGUUUGUUUAUUGAAUGGUUUUCAUAUCAUUUAAGUAAUUAUCAAUUGCAGUGGAGUUGGAAAGAGUGGUCUUCAUCUCUAACUCUAGAUCCGAUGUCUCCACAAAAGCGUUUAAUUACCGAAACAUUAUGUCGAUUAAUACGUUUUUCAUACUACGAGAACGUCAAACGUUUACUUCCGAAAUCUUUUUAUAUAAUGUUACCACCUCAACCUACGGUAAUCAAUAAAUAUGAAAGUAAUCCAGAUUUGUCUUCUGCACGUGCAUUCUUCCGUCUAGUGGAUUCUAUCCGAGCACGCCUUGAACCCCAAACCGUCUUAAGAAUAGCUGAAACUGCCUCACAAAGUCGUGGUCGGCGUCUUUCACUAUCAGAACCAUUUGAUAAUGAUGGGGUAAGAGAUGAGAAAGAUGAAGAUGCAUCUAGUGAUGAUAGUCACUCUGAUCAUAGUGAUGAGGAGCGUCGUGGAAAAAGCCCCAUUGAUACCAUUCCCCUGUCAGAUCCUGAGUUUGAUGACCUAGAUGAUGCUGAGCCUGCUAAACAAGAAAUUCGUGCUCGUCUUAAAGCGCGUCGACGAAUGUUACGGGAGAGUGCAAUGAAACGUAAUUUGAAAAUAUCAUCAGAAGGUAAUGCCGAUGAACAGGUCGGCGUAAGAAGUGAUUCUAUCGAAAAGUUGCCAUUUACCACAGCAGCCCAAGUGUCUGAACUUUCUCCUGGAGUGACAAAUUUAGCUAUUGAAUUAUUUUAUUCUGCUAUGUUGAUCGCUGGUCAUAAAACAAUCAGUCACACAUUUGCGUUCAUAAAAAAGUAUGCUGCUGUCAUCCGGACUCUUACAUCUACCGUUGAAACUCAAGUAGAAGCUUUACAUGUAAUUCAAGCGGUCUGGGCUAAUAAUCCACAAAUGAUUGUCAUUAUUACAGAACACAUGUGUCGCGUUGGUUUGAUUGAUCCGGAAGCGGUUGUUCGAUGGGCAUAUUCACCUAUAAUGACAACGUUAACAGAUGAUAACGUCAAUUUGAACUCUGCUAAUGCUCGUCCAAAAAUUUUAGACUUUUACGUUUGGGAGUGCUUAAGUCGAACUCUUGUUCGUGUUGGUAGGCGAGUUACUCGAAUUACAAGUAGACUAGAACUGGCAAAAGAAACGAUGGAAAUUAACAGGCGUUCUUCUCCUUAUUCGACUCCUGACCGUGAAGACGCUGACCAGGGAGGGGAUGGUGAUAGUUUCCCACGGACUGGAGUUGACAGUGAUUCAUUCUUCAAGAAACCGAAAGAUUCCAUUUCUGGGAGAAUGAAAGUCAGUGACCGACGAAAGCUUAUGGCAGGCUGUGAACUGGUUUCUUCGUCUGACGAUGAGGCUUAUGGUGGAGGAAAGGAUAAUGUUGGUGGUCGAGUAGCCAGACUAGAAGAAGCCAGGUGUGAAGCAGUUCGUAGUCAAUGUGCUGUCAUUACACUUCUUCUGCAUCGUCAUGCUAGACUUACUGCUGAACUUGCAUCUGAAAUGUCUGGAUCUACUCAGAACCAUUCAUUCAAUACGGAUUCUCCAUUUUUCUUACAUGAACCAACUCAACCGAAAAGUUUGUCUGACGAAGCUUUGCGAAAUAUAAUGUUCUGGUUAAAAGGUCGUUUAGUGCAAGUGGUUCUUGAACAUUGCGAUCAAUUAAUACCUUAUCUGGAUAACCUUGAUGAAUUUAUUUGUGGAGCUCAUCCUGAAGUUCAAGGCGUGUUCCAACAGCUUCGUUCAUUGUACGCAUAGCAAUCUCAUUUUGAUACCUUUAUGAGGAAGUCAACUUGUGUGUACUUCAAUUUGUUAUGUACACUUUUUAUCCAAGGAUUGUAGAGUAUUUUGUAACAUAUGGUUCUCAUCGUUUACCUCCCGAAAACUAAGUUUUCUUAUUUGAAAUUUCGGUGUGUCGAAUUUACUCUAAGCAAUAACUUAAGAUUUCUCUGGGAGAACUAUUUUUGGAACAUCGUUUUGUACUGUUUAAAUACUUGCAUUUCUAAUUGUCCAUGUUGUGAAGAAGUAUUAUGGUUUUUUAGCCUCA